AUGUCUAACAACGGAUCACGCAUCGCCGAGAGCGACGUCACCGAUGCCUGCGAGCAAUGGUCCAUCUCAUACCGCUCGCCGACGCCCCCGCCGCCCGGCAGCAAGCUCAUCUCCGUCUGGUGGUGCCGGGUCUGCCACCACCGCCACGGCCUCGGCGUGACGAGCAACUGCCUCAACUGCAGCGUCCGGUUCCACCCCGACAACUGCCGCAGCCUGUGGUUCCACGUCACCGCCGACGGGUACCGCACCGCGUUCAUGUGGAACCAGCGCUUCCGCCGGCCCAACAGUCUCGAGGCCGCCAGCGCGCUCGAGCAGGCCGAGCUGGAGCAGAUCGAGGCCGAGGCCGGCGUCGUCGCCCUCAGCGACGGCGAGCAGGACGAGGACGAGGAGGCGACGAGGACGAGGGAGGGGUCGGUCGCGAGCGCCACGGGAGGGUUGGUCGAGGGCGGGGGGGUGCCGGAUGCUGCCAGCGGGAGAGGCGGCCGCGCGAGCUACCCUGAUAAGUUGGUCAACUAG